UAUUCUGGCACGUUGUCAGUGGUAAUUAGCAGGAGUGACAUCACCUGCAAAUAAAAGAGGCAGCAUGUGUUUGAGGAAGUUCCACUGAUCAGCCAGCACCCAGAUGGCAUCCAGGUUUGCCCAGAGGAGGGUUGGGAGAUGCUCUAAGAACUCCGCUACAGACUCCAAUCAACUUUUGGAUCCCACCUCCAACCCUCCAAGUGCUCUCUCUCUUCCCUUGUGGGCUGACAGGGAGGAGAACAGAGGGCAGAGGGACUCAGUCAGGGAGCUACUAAAAGAGAAAGACGAGCAUGCGGCCAGGCUUCAUGACAUGCUGAAAUAUGAACAGGCCAAAAGCACCCGUCUGCAGCUGCGGUGUAACCAGCAGGAGGCAGAGCUGAAGCGCCGAGAGCAGCUGAGCAACAGACUAAAGGAGAGACUGUCACAGCUGCCUGACAGACACAGAGACAAAGGACCAUCCGUGGAGGUGCUGAACUUUCCACGUGGAAGCCGCAGCAGAAGAGAGGAGCCAAUCAGAUCAUUCAGACAAGAAGAGGCCGCACUGCGUCUGAUGCUGGAGCGCAGAGAAGCAGAGCUCAGAGAGGCCAUGAAGCUGAGACACAGCCUCACCACUGUAUUACAUGCUCUCAGAGUGGACAUGGAGCAUACUCUGUCAGAUGUUCAGGAUGAGGCCCAAACAGAAGAUACGAGGCUGGAUCAGGCUGAGGUGGCACUAGGGGACCAUGUGACAGGAGGUGUGGUUCAGAGUUGGAGGCAGGUGCAGAGGAGACUGUGUUACAUCCUACCUGAAGACCACUUUGGUGUCGGCACUGACCAUGACAAGCUCCUGGCCCGUUUCGAAACUGAACUCAAGGAGAGCCAGCAACUUGUAAGACUCCAACAGCAGCUUCUACAGGACAGUCUUGCUUCACCUGUUCCCUCUGAACUGGCUGAUGCUUACUUUUUAGAGGAGUGGGAGCGUCUUCGGAUGCACUGGGCAGAGUUUGACCAUCAGAGGAAGACUUUUGAGAGGGAGCGGCAGUCCUUCACUGACGCUGCAAUCCGACUUAGCUACGAGCGACGUGAUUUUGAGCAUCAGAGGGCCUCCCUCCUGAAGCAAGAGUAUCUGUGUGACUCGCCUCUGUUCAAUGAAGGGUCACAGAGGCACAGCAGGAGGGGCAGAUCUUCUCUUGAUUUCUCAGGUUUGGGUCCCACCAGCGUAUCUGGCUGUCUUCCAAUUUCUCCCUCCUCUUCCCAGUCUGGGACGGCUGCUGUUUCUGGAUCAAACCAGGGAACAGUCAGAGUUCAGACCCCCAGCACUCCUGAUCUCUACUCUGCCCUCAAUCUGUCAUACAAGUACGGAUCCAGAGAAUCUGAUCACCCGUCAGAGAUAUGGGACGUCGGAGCAGACGGGAUGGUGCACGCACCACAUGUUUCACACUUGGACUGGUCAUUUUAACACAGUAUUGAUGAUAGCUUUAAAUUGAAAACAUAUUUUAUCUGAAUGUUAAAAGUUAAUAAAGACUUUUUAUUUA